AUGUCUGAUAAAGAGAAGGAAUGGAUAAUCAGGCUGCAGAUGAUCCAGCUACAGAGUGAAAAUCCACGUCUGGACGACUACUAUUACCAGGAGUACUAUCAGAGGAUGGAAGCCAAACUUGCUGAAGAGGAAGUUUUGGGUGACCGAUCAAAGAAGGAACCACCUAAACUCACUACCCCUUAUGUUACCAAAACACUCUUGUAUAUCCCAGGUGUGUUGUACAUAGUUUUGUUAGAAGUGGAAGAGGCAGACAAAAUGAAGGCAACAGUGUCUGACAAAGAUGAGGAAAGGCGGUUGGUGCAGAACAUUAAGAAGAAGGUGGAACAGCUUUAUAAUGAGUUGCGGUGCACUAAUCUAUUGGACUCUGGAGAGGAAUUUCUUUCCUGUCUACUAAUAUCAAAAGGAAAGAGGAUGCUGGCCAGACUCCUCCCCUUCCUGUCACAUGAUACAUCUCUGCAUAUCCUGGGUGUAGUGACCAAACACCUUCCAGUAUUGAUGAGCAGAGAUGCAGAUGAGGCUCUGCCUGUUUUGUAUCCAUCUCUCCGUGUUGUGAUUGAUCGACUUGCAUUCAGUCAGCUAAUCCAAAUUCUCAAAGAGUUCACCACAUCACUGCCUGACUCGAAAGACACAUGUUUAACAUUGGCCUGUCAAAAUAAGUUUGGUCUGUCGCUGUUGUAUGCUCUGCUCUCACAGGGCGAAAGGAUUUUAUCUUCUGACUUUCCCAUGGAGCCCAGCAUUGGAGAUUUUGAGGCCUGGACGGAAACAGUUUUCCAUGUGGCCCUGCAGCUAUCCCAGACAACUCCUGCUGAGCCCUUUCUUCUGCCCUCCAACCUGCUAACACUGUUCUGUCGAUAUCUUGACAAGCAGACUGUGCACCAACUAAAGAACAACUUGGAGUGAGUCCAAACACUGCACUCAGUACUCUGCACUUGGCAUAUCUCUUAGGACAGGGGUGUCCAAACAUGUUUAUGGAGGGCUAUUGUCCUGCAGAGUUUAGCUCCAACCAUAAUUAAACACGCCUG